GGUGCCUGCCAUGUCCAAGGAUGGCGCGGCGGGUGUGGUCGCGCGCCCCCUCCCACUCCCAUAUCGGCCCCCCUCCCAGCCGCCUCGCGUUUCCAUGGAGACAGCCGGGAGUUGGGCCGGCGCCUCUCGUGGCCUGAGGGCCCGGCUCGAGGAAAGGUAGCCCUGGGAGCCGAGGGGGACGCAUCGCUAGGCCACACCCAUCUGCCCAAAAAGUUUGAUUGUUGUCUCUGUCAGAAAUAAAAGCACACAGAUAUCACCACCAAUCUGUAUGAUAGGCCCCAAAGCCCUGCUCGCCAUGCUUCGAGGGAAAAGAUGAGAAGCGGCCCAAAAGAGAACUGAGGUGGCUCUUUGCUUAAUGUUGUCUCCUCGACGACUCAGGUGCUCACUUGUUAUUUCUGUGCAGGUAAUUUGAUGAUCAGCGCCUAAGAUGCCAGAUGGCCUCCAGUGGUGAAGAUGCCAUUGCCUGGUACCAGAAGAAGAUUGGAGCCUAUGAUCAGCAAAUAUGGGAAAAAUCUAUAGAACAGACUGAGAUGAAGGGCUUUAAGAAUAAACCCAAAAAGAUAGGUCACAUCCAACCUGACUUGAUAGAUGUUGAUUUAAUCAGAGGUUCCACAUUUGCUAAAGCUAAACCUGAAAUCCCAUGGACAUCACUUACGAGAAAGGGCCUUGUUAGGGUUGUGUUCUUUCCCCUCUUCAGUCAAUGGUGGAUUCAAGUCACCUCUUGGCGCAUUUUUACAUGGCUGCUUAUGCUCUACCUCUUACAAGUUGUAGCAAUUGUGUUGUACUACAUAAUGCCAGUUGUGAGUGCAAGUGAAAUUAUUGGACCAUUGUGCCUUAUGCUACUGAUGGGAACUGUACACUGUCAAAUAGUAUCUACUCAGUUAACUAAGCCCUCAGGAAUCAAUGGGAGCAGUAUUGGCAGAAGAAGGAGAAAAAUGCGCAAAUUUGCAGGAGGUGAUGGGAGCUCUACUUCUUCUGUUGACAAAAUGAUCAGAGAAGAGGAGUCCCCAGAGUUAUCAUCACGAAGCAGCAGCUUCUUUGGCUCGGUGUUGCGCAGAAGGAGCAGGGAAGGGAUGAAAAGAGGGAAACGAGUAGCUGAUAAAGGGGCAGAGACAGAACAUAGCACUAGCAUUAAGCGGAGGAUUUCCAAAUCUGAGCAUGGUUUGCAAUGGACAAAGGAGUCUGGAACAGUAUUAAGUGUAGAAAAAAACCCGAUUAGUACCAGAUGCCCUGGCAUCUCCGAUGAACUGUCAAGUGAGGAGGAAGCCGAUUCAGUGAGCCAGAGAGUUCUGCUGCGCAGAUGUGUGGACAGUGCACCGAAUGUCAAUGAAAAUCAGAUCAGGAUGUCUUCUGUUGGAUCUGAGUCUGUUCCCAUCAACCAGGCAGUAUCACAGGUCAAGGAAGUUGUGAAAUCUAUGCAAGAUUCUGACAGCAUAGCCGAAUCAGAACAGGAAACAGUGCUUCAUGAGGAGUACAGACCUUCUUUCAGUAGUGAAUCCCGGAGUGGCAGUGCAUCCCACAGAGAUUCAGAAAGCACCCGCCAUGACUCUGAGACGGAGGAUAUGCUGUGGGACGACUUGCUCCAUGGGCCCGAGUGUCGCUCCUCUUAUACCAGUGACAGCGAGGGAAAGGCAGUGAGUGCCGCUCCUCUUACACCAGUGAUAGCCAAAGGGAAAGAUGCAAAGGGAGGCAAAAGAGACUCGAAGGAGGAUGUUUUCCAGCAGAACCAUUUAUUCUGGCUGCAGAAUACAAGUCCUGCCUCUACCAAAGUGAGUGCUCUCAUUUGGGAGGGGAAUGAAUGCAAGAAGGUGGACAUGUCUGUGCUGGAGAUCAGUGGAGUUAUCAUGAGCAGGGUCAACGCAUGUCAACAAGGUGUUGGUUAUCAGUGGCUGGGAAAUAUUGUUACAGUUGGUUUAGCCUUCCUCCCUUUCCUGUAUCGCCUUUUCCACUCAAAGACAUUGGAACAAUUGUGGACCCUUUCUACAAAAGAACUUUUAUACAUCUUUUGUGGGGCUCCCACAAUCCCCCCCGUUAUUGUCCUUGCUGCCAUCAUCUUCCUUGAGCGCCUGUGUCUUACCUGGAUGUUUUUCUUCAUGAUGUGUGUUGCAGAGAGAACGUAUAAACAGCGAUUUUUGUUUGCUAAACUUUUUAGCCAUAUCACGUCAGCUCGGAAAGCCAGGAAGUAUGAAAUUCCUCAUUUCAGGCUCAAGAAAGUGGAAAAUAUUAAGAUAUGGUUAUCGCUUCGCUCUUACCUAAAGAGGCGAGGCCCACAACGGUCUGUUGAUGUGGUUGUAUCUUCCAUCUUCUUACUGGCUCUGUCUAUAGCUUUCAUAUGCUGUGCACAGGUUUUAAAAGGUCACAAGACAUUCCUGAAUGCUGCUUACAACUGGGAAUUUCUAAUCUGGGAAACAGCCCUGCUUCUCUUCUUGUUGCGUUUGGCAUCCCUAGGCUCCGAAACCAACAAGAAAUACAGUAAUAUUUCAAUUCUGCUCACUGAGCAGAUUAAUUUAUAUCUAAAGAUGGAAAAAAAACCAAACAAAAAAGAACAGCUGACGCUGGUGAACAAUGUUCUAAAACUCUCCACAAAGCUCUUGAAGGAGUUAGACACACCGUUUAGACUGUACGGUUUGACAAUGAAUCCUUUAAUCUACAACAUAACGCGUGUGGUGAUAUUGUCUGCCGUCUCUGGUGUAAUAAGCGAUCUACUGGGAUUUAAUAUCAGAGUAAGUAUCAAUUUGUAUCUUGAAGUGAUGGUUCAGUACCCUUUUCUUCACUUGCUAUAUUUCUGGAAUAGCCAAUUGAUAUGCUAAUUCUCCCUGUAAAAGCAGUUUUAGGUUUAAGGUCCAAGAAUAUUAUUUGAAAGAGCUUUAAGCCUUUACAAGCUUGUACUGUUCCUUUAAAAUCUGACUAAUAAUAACAACUUUAUUUUUUACCUCUCCUCAAGGCUCAUAAGGUUACCUAUAACAUCACUUCUUUGAUUAGAAGCCUGCUGUUAUUCCUACUUUUAAAAGUGCAAGUUUUCCAAUUGACACAGAUGUCUUGGACAUAAUUCUCUCCUAUGUGUAGCUUUGAAAUGGCAUAGGAGCUUAAUGCAAAAGGGGCUGGUGUGGCUCUGUCCUAAGUCGAGUGGUAGGUUGCAUAGUUUUCACCUAUCCAUUUCCUUUUUAAACAAAUUUAGUAAGAUCGUCUCCUCUGUCAGUUGAAUGGUAAUUAUGGCUAAUUAAUCUUUCAGCUGUGGAAAAUCAAACCUUGACAAAAGAAAAGCUGAGCUCCUUUCCCAGAGCACAAGAAUUGUGGGCCGUGCUGCACAGACAUGGUAUGACAGUUGAAGAUGCAUUACCUCAGUAAAAAUGAGAUAUAUAUGCUAGUUCUCAGCAGCAACACAAAUCUUACCUUUUCUUCAAACAUUCUCGCGUGAUUUUGAAAGAGAUUGCUUUAUUCUCAGUAAGAUCAUGGCUUGAAAGAGAUGAUUAAAUAAACUUUAGGAAGUGAGCUUUAUUGAACUAAAGUCCCUUAAUGAGCCAAACUUGUAGCCCCAAUCUAGUUGGAUGAAAGUUUAUUUAGCAACUUUUUGUGGGACAACAAGCCACUUUUCCUGGUUUAUUAUAGUCAUCUCUAGCUGUAAGAGAGAAAAUUAAGAUGUGCUACAAGCAGGUCUUUUAAUGAGGUGGCUGAGCUAGAUUUAGUCAGUUGGUUGUUUCUGCCACAAUUUGGACGUUGCCAUUGACCUUCUAAAAAUUUGUCCAAGUGUCUCAGAUUCUUCUUGAAUGGCACCAGGCUUAGCAGCGAUUUAAGAGGGGAAAAAUGAAAUCUAGCUGAGGCUAUCCUCUUCAGGCAUUUGGCAGUUGAGGUUUUAGUUGCUUAGUAACACACAAACAGCACCAGAAGGUGGCUUACAGUUGGCCCGCCACACGCCGGGAGAGGAGAGGAUCUUUUCUGGUAAUUAGCAUUUUCCAAAUAAUUCAUGUGAACUCAGACUAGUCAGAACAAGCAAAGCAGUCCCUCCAUGAAAGAACACAGCAAUGCUUCUAUGGUGCCAUAGAGAGAGCGCAGAUGUUUUACACCAUUAGAAUGAAUUAGAAAGCCAAACUUCUGCUGGGAUACAUUGCACCCCCUGCUGAUGGUAUUUAGCCUCAUGGAAGUGAGUUGGCCCUGUGGGUUUUCCCGCCAUAGUGGCCUGUUGAUGUAGCACUUUGCACACAGCUCCUCAGAUGUAGUACAGGUUGCAGGGUUGUGUGUCUGUGAAGCUGCCCUAAAGGUGCAUCCCCCCAUGAGUGGAAACAAUAUUUGUUGCAUAUAUUUACAUUUCAAAUGGAUGCCAGCUUCCAAAUGUGUAUACACUCAGUAAACCCACAAGGAGCUAGAUAUUUUAUUCCAGGUCAUAAGAAAAAUGUGAAACAGCAGCCCGGAGAUUAUCAGGUGUCACAGAAUGGUUGCUUUUUUAUCCUCUGUAUAGAUGCAAUAGUUUUAACACUUUCUCAAAACAGUGCACUUGUUUUUGUAAAAUAUCUUUAUAUAAAGCUUCUAAAAAGCAGAACAAUAUUUUAUACAAAAUUGUUAGUAUACGUUUUGACUGAUGGAAGGAUAUAUGUCAGUAUUUAAAUGUGGAUGAAUAAAAACAGUCUGGGUGAAUAA